AUGUCGCGUCCGACGCGCGUCGCGCGGCCGGGGACUGGCGCGAUCGCGCGCGCGCGUGAAAACCCGUCGUUUGAACGCCUCGAUCGUCGGCGCUUCCAACAGAACCUGACCAGACGACGCGCCCACCUGACCCACUCGACAUCGCGCGCGAUGCGCGCGGCGACGUUCGCGCUCGCGCGCGCGGCCCCCGCGCGCGCUGCUCGAAGCGCGUUUCACGCCGCGAGCUGCCGCGGCCGCGGCGGCGACGCGUCCACGUCCGCGUCCUCGCGCGCGGCGCGCGCCUCCCCCCCGGUGGGUUUUCCGCGUCGAUCCCUCGCGAGGUGCCACCAUCACCAUCAACAUCAUCAUCUUCACCGUCGACGCGCCGCGCUCUCUCCCCGCGCGACGUCGUCGUCGUCGUCGUCGUCGCGAUGGUCGUCCGUCCGCGCGUCCCCCUCCGCGCCGCGCCUGGACGACCACGUGGAGAUCCCGAACGUCGGCGACGUCCAUCUCUGGUUCGCGGACCUCGCGGAGGUCGCGUCCGACCCCGACCUCGCGUCGCGCUGCGCGUCGUCGCUGCUGAGCCCGGCGGAGCGCGCGGCGCUCGACGCGGAAGGGGACGCCCUGACCGCCGACGCGCGGACGCGACGCGAUAUUACGUCCAAGGCGUUCACGCGCGCGGUCCUCGCGCGCUACCUCGGCCGCGGGAUCGACCCCGCGGACCUGACGUUCGCGAUCGGACCGCACGGCAAGCCGCGGCUGAUGGGCGCGGAGGGGACGCGAUUCUUGUACCGCCUCAACAAUCGCCCAGACGCGCGUCGGAUUCGGUACAGCCUGUCGCACUGCGAUCGCCUCGCCGUCCUCGCGGUGACGUCCGCGCCCGCGGUCGAGGACGUACCUCUGCUCGCGGAUAUCGAAGCUGAAAACAAAACGCCUUUGAACGAACCGUUUCGCGCGGUGUACGAGAUCGGCGUCGACUGCGAGGACGAGCGUCGACGCACGUCCGCGUCCGCCGACGCGCUCGCGAGACGAUGGCUCAGCGCGGCGGAGGCGGCGCGCUUGGACGCGAUCGAAGACGACGAUGUGAGAGCGACGGCGUUCAUGCGGCUGUGGACGCUGAAGGAGGCGUACGUGAAAGCGCUGGGAACGGGGAUCGCCGCGCACGCGUUAUCGGGGUUCGACGUGGCGGUCACUCGGGGCGAGGAGGAGGAGGAGGGAUCGAAGAGAUUAAACGCGUCGACGACGUCAUCCGGCGGCGAUCGCGGCGGCGGCGGCGUCGGGCUCGACCGCGCGUCGGACGCGCCGGGGAGCAUCGCGCUGACCGAGCGCGGGGACGGAUGGGAGUCGAGCGCGGAUCGGUGGCGGUUCGCGCUCGUGCGACCGACGCCGACGGAUUCGCUCGUCGCCGCCGUGUGCGUGUGGGGCGGCGGCGGCGUUGGGGAGGAGGAGGCGGAGGAGGGCGGCGGCGGCGGCGAGGUCGACGCGGACGACGACGCGGCGACGCGUGCGCCGACGAUCAUCUCGCGUUGGUUCGUUCCUCUCGUGAAGGAGGACGCGGAGCGACCGCCGCCGGAGGUGAUCGCCGUGAGCUCGCACUUUAGAGCGUCCUAAAGCGACCGAGGCGUCGGCGACGACGGCGGCGAGAGAAAUAAUAAAUCCAGAUUUAUCGGCA